AUGAAUUCGAUUCAAGAAGCGAUUGCAGAAAUCGAAUCGCGCGAUCCAGGAGAACAAUUCUCGUACCAACAAAUUGCUAAAAAGUACAGCGUCAACCGCGUUACGCUGAUGAGACGGCACAAACACGAAACCGAGGACUAUAGCGUACGCAACCAAUCCCUCCACCCAGAACGCGAAGCCGAGCUUGUACGAUAUAUCAAAACGCUUACCGAACAACGUUUGCCACCUACAAGAACAAUAAUACAACAGUUUGCUAGUCAGUUGGCUGGCAAACCGGUCUCCGAAAGCUGGGUUGACCGGUAUCUCCGCCGGCAUCCCAACCAUCUCAUCUCUCGCUCAGGCAAAGCCAUGGCCAAGGAGCGUACAAAAGCUGAUUCAGGGGCUAAG